CAUGAUCGUGGGCAGCUUGACUUUUGCCUUUACUAACAUCAAAGGUGCCGACACAGAGUUGCGAUACUGUAUUAUACUGUGACGUCGGCGUGAGCGGCUGCUCUCAGACUUCUUUCCGAUAUAUGCUGUCAAAUGAUAGAAUUUUCUAUUAUCGGAACGUACAUAAAAGAAUUAUUAAAUACUUGAUACUAACUGUGUGUAUGUGCGUAUAUAAGUAAUUUAGAAAAUAAAAAUAAAAGUAGAAAAAUAAUUAUAAAAUACUAUCACUUUUGCCAAUAGUUAUAUUCUGAUAUAUUAUUGGUCAUGUAAUUUCAUGAUUAUUCACAUACGACAUAUAUCUAAUGAGUUGCAAGUGCUAUAGAUAUGUCAGAGCACAUGGAAUUGCAACAUUUAGUUGACGCUGAGGAGAGUAACACAACAAACCAUAAAAGAAAGUUUUCUACUCUAUUAUGUAAAUCAUGCCCUUAUUUGGGUCUAAUAUUAGCGACAUUUUCGUCUUUAUUCUUUUCAUUAUGUAGCGUCAUUGUUAAAAGCUUGGUAGAGAUAAAUCCUACUGAAAUGGCUAUCUUUAGAUUUUUGGGAGUAUUGUUACCAGCUAUACCAAUUGUGAUUUACAAAGGUGAUCAUCCUUUCCCAAAAGGACGUAGGCUAAUACUUAUUCUAAGGAGUUUCAUUGGUACAACAGGACUUAUGUUAAGUUUUUAUGCAUUUAGACACAUGCCAUUAGCCGAUGCUUCUGUUGUUGUAUUUUCUGUUCCUGUAUUUGUAGCGAUAUUUGCACGGAUAUUUUUGAAAGAGCCCUGUGGGCUAUUCAAUGUUGUUACUGUAUGUCUGACAUUGAUCGGUGUGAUAUUAAUAACACGACCAUCACUAAUUUUUGGCAAUACCAUAGAAUCUCUCUCAGAUGGUAACAUUAAACCAGGACAUGCAGAUUUAUGGGGUGCUGUGGCUGCUUUCUCAGCUACUUUAUUUGGUGCAAAUGUAUACGUCCUAUUACGCGCAUUAAAAGGUAUUCAUUUCUCCGUUAUAAUGACAAAUUUCGGUUCGUUUGCUUUAAUACAAACUACAUUUAUAUCAUGGAUUAUUGGCGCAUUAUGUUUACCACGCUGUGGUACAGAUAGACUUUUGGUUGUUGCGCUUGCAUUAUUUAGUUUUGCAGGUCAAAUCUUAUUGACUUUAGCUCUUCAGCUAGAACAAGCUGGUCCAGUAGCCAUAGCAAGAUCCACAGAUAUUGUUUUUGCAUUUUUCUGGCAGGUAUUAUUUUUUAAUGAAAUACCAAACCGAUAUUCUGUAGGAGGUGCUAUAUUAGUCACAAGUUCAGUAUUAUUAACAGGAUUAAGAAAAUGGGCUCUCUCCUUACCGGAAACAUCUAAUAUCAAAAAGUCUCUUAAAAUUUUAAUGAUGUAAAUAAUUUUAUUAUUUAAAAACAAAAUAAGCUGCUUAAAGUAAAUUAUACUUUAUAAAAAUUAAUAUAAUUUAUUUAUUCUAUCACAUAUUAUAUUUAUAUAAAAUUGUGUACUGUUCUGCUCAUAACUGCUAAGGAAGGAAUUCGCACCCAAAGAAUUAGAACGUACGCAUUGAAUAAGAUUCUCCGUACUUUCAUAAAAAAAAAAUUGCUAUUAAGUUAUGUUGACUGUUGCUGCGAAUCGCGAUUAUAAUGGUCGGAUUAUGUGCAGUACAGUUUGUGACAUUUAGGAACGAUCGUUGGUUCAUCUCACGAUCUUAUUUAUAUAAUUAAGUAGGAAAAGAAAAAUGUAAUGACUCUACCCGGAGUAGGUAUCGUGUUCCGCUUUAAGGAUGAUUUUGAUCAGAUGGCACGUAACGAAUCGGCAACAGCAUGCACUGGCACCGGCAUGAUAAAACGUUGAAUAAUGAAUUUUAAAUAAGGCUGUCUACACUAAUCAGCACCGAGUUGAACAUUUCAUCAACUGGACGUUCCACUGCUAGCCGAUAUUCUUGCAAAAAAUGUUUUGAUGGUGCAUGUUGAUAUGUAUCAAUGCUUAUCUGUCAGUGUGAAUCAGUAAACAACAAAAAAACGGACGCAGCAGAAGAUGAACCAAGAAAUAUUAAUUGAAAAUAUUAAAUUCUGUGAACCUUUAUAUAUAAUGAGCCAUACGGCGAAAUGCAUGGCAAUGAUACUGUUCAUAGAAAAUAUUUGGAAAGAAAUUGCGAAGAAAAUAAAAAAAAUUUUUAAAUAUAAAAUAAACUUUGCAUUGCGACAUUCUAAAAUACUAAAACUUGUAUUUCACUUACUUAUAUUUCAUAAUUCAUGUCUUUCAACAAUGUCCAAUACUUACCUACAAGUUUUUUUUAAAUAUUGGUUGUACUCAUUUUCAACUUUUUUUCUUCAUUCUUCGCCUUCGUCUAAAAAUAAGAUUAUAAAAGCCAAUUCAUCAUCAGAUGGAUAACCAAUUUAUUGUGACUGCUAAACGUCAAUCGUUAACUGAUGGACAAUUGGCGAAGCAUUCUGAACAUACACAUUAAUUUGUCGUGCCAGUGUCGGUGCGUGCCGUUGCUUGCACGUUCCUAGCAAACACAAAGUAACAGUAAUAUAACAUCAAUGUUUUAAUUUCCUCAACAAUAUAACUGCAAUGUAGCACGCCUUAUACGUAAUAGCCUUAUAUUGUUGAGUGGGAAAUUAAGACAUUUAUGUUAUAUUACUGUUACUUUGUAUUUGCUGGGUUAUGAUCCAUGCCGUAUAGUCUAAAUCUUUAGUCUUUCUCUUCCGCUGCUUAUUCGACUUCCGAGAAUUUGAUCGUGACUUGCUUUUCCUUGAUCACAUCUUGCUUCAUAUUAUUAUAUUUUUUCUUUUAUCUUUUCAAUGUCUUUGUAUAAUAUUUUUUACCAGUUUAAUAUUUUUUAAUUUGUUUUCCCUAUUUAAUAUUUCUAAACUUAUGUUAUAUAUUCCUCUUGUUUUAAUAUUUAAUUUUGUGAUUUUCUUAAUUUUUUCUUAAAUUUUUCUUAAUUUUUUCUUUCCUUAUAUUUUCUGUUUUAUUAUCUAAAAAAUUGAUUGGAUUUUAACAGCAUAUAUGUUUGUAUGUGUGUGUGUGUGCGUGCGCGCGCGCGGUGUGUAUAAUGCGUAUGUAUGUAUAAAUACAUAAUAUAAAUGUGUACAUAUUUUUAA